AUGGAUGUUGAAGAAGACUUGCUGAUAGUUGACGAGGUCGGCGUCUCUAGGCAACAAGCAGGGCGCGAACAAUUUUCUGCCCGGCUCGUGUUUUCAGACCCUGAGAGGGUCUAUUGUAGAGGGGCGGAUCCCGGCCAGGAAAGACUCUGCCGAAGCGAAGGCUCGGGUGGAUAUUCGUAUGCGGACGCGGUUCGGGACCGCGUGGUGUGGAAUUCGAAUGUCGCCCGGCGAAAAUCUACAUAUAUAAAAAACUAUACAAAGUACAUUGAAUAUUUCUGCCCACUUAGUAUUAGUUACUUUUUAGAAAAUGCACUCAACGAUAUGGAAUUGUUGUAA